AUGCUGAUAACAUUAUUGGUCGCCAGGGUCGCUGACACUAUGAUCAUCUCGUACCGUAUUCUCCCAUUCCCCGUCAAUUCAUCCAUGGAUCUCCCGUGUGCUUCAUCGACAUCUGUCCGCCUCGGUCCCGCAACCGUUCUGGACGAACAUCCCCUUUCCUCUGAACUCCAGACGCUUCCCGUGAUCGUUAUCCUGUUGACUCCAAUAUGGCUCGACGGUCGUUCUUUCCUGGAUUGA